AUGUCCACAAGUGUAUAUAGUCCAAAGAUAAACGUAAUACCUCCAAUAAAUGGAAAGACAAUGCUCUUAUAUCACAUAACACCUGAAGAAGUACAUAUGGCUAUCAGUAAAAUCACUAUCAUUAUAACCCACACUUUCAAAAAUAAUCAAAAGAAUAAUGUAUCACAGAUUGCUAGAGUUCUUGUAAAUGAACAGAAUGGUUUCAGAAAAGGCAAAUCAACACAAAUUGCUCUCUUCAAUUUCUUAAAACUUCUUUACAAAGCUAUAGGGGACAAGGAACUGGUCUGUGGGUUGUUUUUGGACGUUUCCAAAGCGUUUGAUCUUAUAAGUCACAAACUACUACUGCCACAACUAUAUAGUUAUGGUGUCCAUGGUGUUUUCUAUCAGUGA